AUGGUCGCUGCAUCAACCCGCCAGAACCUGAUCAUCGCAGGCUCAGCAAUCGUCGGCCUCACAACCAUCGGCGCCGUUGCCUACCUACUCAUCCAAGACGACCGUCGCACAAAGCAUCUCCGUCUCGUCAAAACCACCCAAAAGCAACUCUCGUCCUCGCUCGCCAAGGUCGAAUCUGCCCUCCAGACACUCCUGGACGAGGAUGUGCGUCUCGCUCAAGUCCGCACAAAGACUCUCCGUCAACAUCCUAUUUACCCUGCGGAUCCACAUGUUCGCUUGCCGGCGUUGGGACUGAUUAAUGAGGAGGAUAAGAAGACGUUUGGGGAGGACGUUGAGGAGACGCAGGAGGAAUUGAUCCGGGAACGGAGUAACGAGCUUGGAUUUGCGAAGGAUCCGGCAAUGGUUCGGCAGGGGUAUAAGAAGCUGGAUUUUUUGGUCCAGUCGAUCAAUGAGAGGCUGUUGAGGUUGUUGGAGGGGUUGGAUGCGAUUUCGCCUAGGGAGUUGAUGGAUUUGGGGGAUGGGUUUGGAGGGCUGCCGUUGGCGAAUGGCCCAGAGGUGGUGGCGUUUGAGAAGUUGAGGAAGAGGAAAAGGAGCGAUAUUGCGAGGAUUCAAAAGUUGAUGGGCCAGAUGGAUAAGUUGGCGGGGAGCUUUAAGGAUCGGUUGGCCGCUGUUGAGAUUUAUGAGAAGAAGGCUGCUGAGGCUGAGGCCGUGGCCAAGGAGAAGGCUGCCCUUGCCGCUGUCAAAGCGGCUGAGGACAAACUCAAGCAGGAAAAGCAGGAACAGGAGAAGAAGGCCAACGGACACGUUGCACCUGCAGUCGCAGCAUUGGUCCAGGAGAAUGUUUCGUUUGCAGACAUGGCCAGACAUAACAUCCCCGAGCCCCAGAUCUUGGCCCCAACGGAGGAUCUGGAAAAGAUGAAGGAGGGUGUUUCGUUUGCCGAUAUCGCCAAGCACAAUGUCCCUGAACCUGAGAUCUUGGCGCCUACUGAGGAUCUGGAAAAGAUGAAGGAGGGUGUUUCGUUUGCCGAUGUCGUCUCUCACAUUGAGGAGGCUGGCACCCGCAAGGAGGAUGAAGAGAUUGUGAUGGAGGUCAAAGACGAGGCUGUGUUGACUCAGACCGAGGAUUUGGAGUUGAUGAAGGAGGGUGUCUUGUUCUCUGAGGUCGUCUCUCACCAUAUCGAGGUAUCGCACGAAGAGAAGGAGGUCAAGGUCGCAGUUGCUGUUCCCACCGACGAAGUCCUUGCCGCCGAGAUUGCCGCCGCCCUUUAA